AUGACGGUGAUUGAGUCUUAUAUGACGGUGACUGAGCCUAAUAUGACGGUGAUUGAGUCUAAUAUGACGGUGAUUGAGUCUAAUAUGACGGUGACUGAGCCUAAUAUGACGGUGAUUGAGUCUAAUGUGACGGUGAUUGAGUCUAAUAUGACGGUGAUUGAGUCUAAUAUAACGGUGACUGAGCCUAAUAUGACGGUGAUUGAGUCUAAUAUGACGGUGAUUGAGUCUAAUGUGACGGUGACUGAGUCUAACAUGACGGUGUCUGAGUCUAAUAUGACAGUGACUGAGUCUAACAUGACGGUGACUGAGUCUAAUGUGACGGUGACUGAGUCUAAUAUGACGGUGACUGAGUCUAAUGUGACGGUGAUUGAGUCUAAUGUGACGGUGACUGAGUCUAAUAUGACGGUGACUGAGUCUAAUGUGACGGUGAUUGAGUCUAAUGUGACAGUGACUGAGUCUAACAUGACGGUGACUGAGUCUAAUAUGACGGUGAUUGAGUCUAAUAUGACGGUGACUGAGUCUAAUGUGACGGUGAUUGAGUCUAAUGUGACAGUGAUUGAGUCUAAUGUGACAGUGAUUGAGUCUAACAUGACGGUGACUGAGUCUAAUAUGACAGUAACUACGUUUCAACAACUAUGGUCUUGA